GAUCAUCAAAGCUGUGCUCAAGACCUUCAAGUAUUUCUUCGGCCUGAGGUUUGAGGUGAAGGGACUGGAGAACUUCGAGGUGGAGGGCCCUGCUAUCAUUGUGUCCAACCACCAGAGCAUCCUGGACAUGAUGGGGCUGAUGGAGAUCCUGCCUGACAACUGUGCCCAGGUGGGCAAGAAGGAGCUGAUGUAUGCUGGCACGGUGGGGCUCAUCAUCUACCUCGGCGGGGUCAUCUUCAUCAACAGGAAGAGCACCACCAGCGCCAAGAUGGUGAUGGCAGAGGUGGCCAAGACCAUGGUGACUGACAACGUGAAGGUGUGGGUGUACCCAGAGGGCACGAGGAACUGCACGGGGGAUUUGCUGCCCUUCAAGAAAGGAGCCUUUCACCUGGCUGUGCAGGCCCAGGUCCCGGUGAUCCCCGUGGUGUAUUCAUCCUUCACUACCUUCUAUAACCCAAAGAAGAACCUAUUUACAUCAGGCAAAAUCAAGGUUGAGGUUCUGCCUCCGAUAGAGACCAAAGGCCUGACCUCAGAUGAUGUCUCUGACCUCACUGACAGAUGCUUCCACAUCAUGAGGGAGACCCUGUUCAGGCUGUCAGGCCGCCCCAGCCCCAGUGAGGGGAAGGACUCCUCCUAGAUGCUUCUCCAGUGGCGUCACCGUGUGGUGGUGGCUGAAGGGACCUGCCUGUUGCCAAAUCCUGAAGGAAUUUCUCUUCCUCUGCAGUGACUUCUAACUGGGGGAACACCACGGACUGGCACACGUGGGGUGUCGAGCCAGCGCUGAGGUUCCCUCCUGAGUGGAUUUCUCUUAUGGGUUCAUUAUCUCACAAUGAAACGUCUCCUUUUUCUGAAUU